AUGGAGAAAUCACAAGAAAACUUCAGAGAUUUCAUCAACAUCAUGGAAGCAUUGAUAACAACACAUCCAGACACACUAGAAAAAUGCAGAGACAUCAUCAAAGAACUAGUAAAAUAUCCGGAAUUCCUUAAUAUUGUGGAUUUCUUCGAAAAUCUUGCAGAAGAUCCAUCAACAAAGAAUAAUCUUGGCUCAAUAUUAUUAUCAGAAGAUGUUUUCAAUGAAUUUUUGUCAAAAAUUCAAAAAAUUUCUGAUCAAUCAAAAAUUAUUGGAUUAAUCAAGAUUGUCACAGCAAUUUAUCAUUGUAAUAGUAAUAUAAGUCGUAAAUUUGCUGGUAAAUUGAUUGAUUUCGUAAUUUUCUGCUUGAAAUUUUCUGACAAUCAAAUUUUAUGUCAAACUUACGUAUUGGCAAGGAAAAUGAUCAAUAUCAUUGCUGACAAUGAUGCUGCCUUCUGUAAUUUGCUUGAAAAAGCGAUGAAUCUAUUGAAUAAUUUUGAUGAUAAAAUUUAUGAGUAUCAAGUAAGAGCAUUAGAUUAUAUUUGCAGCUGCUUUAAAGUAAACUUCGUGACAUCAUCAAUGAUGUAUGAUUCAAUGAAAAUUAUGAAGAAAUUGAAGGAAAUAAUUGAAAAUUCAAAAAACAAUUCUUUUCUUUUUUUGUCUUUGUUUAAUUUUGCACGUGUUCUUUCAAAUACAACGGAAUAUUCGGACGAAAUCAUUGGCGAUUUCGUUUCUUUCCUUUUGGAAAAGUAUUUGGAAGGGAACAGAACAUUCUGCGCUUUCUGCAAGGACUUCUUUGUUUCGCUUCGUCGGUCUGUUUCAAAUGAUGAAAUUUUUCAGAAUUUGCUUGAAAAAGAAAAAUUUAAGGGUUUCAUCGAGAUUUGCAACGAAUACUCAUCGUACAUUGAUACAAUCAAUUUGUAUUUAACGAUGAGAUAA